UGGACAGGCUGUCCUAGAGGGGGAGCAUGAGCACGUGAUUGUGCACACGGAAGCGUCAAGCUUCACACCUCAACAGGCCUCCGACCAGGCAGCCCCUGGCGCGGGCCCUGUUCCAAAAGCCGUCCCUAUCAUUCAGCCGCAGUUCGCGGCUAACUUCAUGAACUUCCUCUAGCAGAUGGCUGGAGCAUACGUUCCACUGCCGCCACCACCGCCACCACUAGUGGCGGUGGUCACCAUUGAGAAGCUCCGGAAGAAUGGAGCUGAGGAAUUCUUGGGCGACCAGAUCGCCGACCCCAUGAUCGCUAAACGGUGGUUUGAGCAAACCAUCCAAGUUUUGGGGAACCUGAGGGUUCCACAGGAUCAGCGCGGCGACCUCGCUGUUGCCUUACUCCAGGAUUCCGCCUACGACUGGUGGAAGCGCGUGGGAGCAGACGUCCCGGAGCCCGUGCAGUGGGCCACAUUUGAUCGACUCUUCCAUGAAGAGUACAUCCUAGAGCACUUCGUCGAGGCGAAGCGAGAGGAGUUCUUGAAGUUCACUCAGGGCGAACUCACACUACUUGAGUAUCGCCAGAAGUUUGACGAGCUCGCGGGGUUUUGGCAAGACCUCGUCCCGACCAUGGAGAAGCGGUGCAAGCGCUUCGUGGAGGGUCUACGUCCCGACUUAUCGGCUCAUCUGAUCACUGCCCCUCGGGUUUACAUCAACGCAUUGUUCAAGCAUGCGUUGGACAUGAAUGCAAACCUCAUCAAGAAGGCUGAGUAUGAGGAGACACAGGGGGCGUCAGCAGCACCGUCUCAUCCUCUUCCACCGCAGAAGGCGGGGACCAGUAGAAGAGGUCCUUUGCAGCGCCUAGCAGCUCCCACCAGAGCAAGAAGGCUAAGGCCGCACCAGCACAGUCAUCAGCGUCUGUCCAGAAGAAGGGCAAAAGCGGAGAUGGGUUCUGCCGGACAUUUCCGCAGGGAUUAUCCGAAGAAUCCAAGUGAGGCGUUUUCAUCUGCACCUGCUGCCACAGCUCCAGCGGCGCAGCCCGCCCAAAGCCAGAAAUCGGCGGCAGCAUCCAGUCAGCCCAAGCGGCAAGCGUCUGGCACCCGGGCGGGGAAGGCCCCAGCUCGUACAUACGCGAUGCAAGGGCGUACUGAGCAGCCAGCCCAUGACGCCAUCAUGGGUAUGUUUACCUUAUUCGAUACAUCUAUCACAACAUUGAUUGAUCCGAGUUCCACUUUAUCAUAUGUUUGUAUGCCUAUGCCCGUUAUGCCUAACAUUCCGAGGGAAGACUUGGAUAAUCCGGUAAUCGUGUCCAACCCAUUGGGACACAUUCUGCGACUCACCCACGUGUAUCACGACUGCCCAUUAGUGGUCCAGGGAAAGACCUUCCGUGCAAGUCCCAUUGAGCUUCCACAUCGUGAGUUUGACGUUAUCCUAGGCAUGGAUUGGCUCACUGCCAACCAAGCCGUUGUUGACUGUGGAGCGCAUACUGUUUGGCUGAGAGCCGAAGACGGUAGCGACAUUCUGAUUCGUGUGCGUGACACUCGUCAGGAGGCACCUAGUAGGGGAGACAUCCCUACGCCCACAUUACGUCAGCAGAUAGCAUCGGUGCAGAGCAGCAACGAUUUCUGUAUCCAGACCAUGGAGCUCGUCUCUCGAGGCGAGAAGCCAGAUCUCACAGUUCGGGAUGAUAUCUUGUACUAUCGGGAGCCUGAUACGGUCACACUCGAUGAGAAUCUUACGUACGAGGAGGAGCCGGUUGAGAUUCUGGCGCGUGAGAUCCGUCAGUUGAGAAUUAAAACCAUUCCGCUGGUCAAGGUUCUGUGGAGAAGUCACACCGUCGAGGAGGCGACAUGGGAAACCGAGGAAUCCAUGCGCACUCGUUAUCCACAUCUUUUCAGUGACCAGUGAUCAGGUAAAUUUCGAGGAUGAAAUUUUCUUAAGGGAUGGAUAAUUGUAACGCCUUGCAACUCGGUCUAAUAAAAUUGAUUAUUUUUAAAUAAUUAAUUACUGUUUCG